CCAAGUGUACUCCGCAUCCAAACCCGGAGCGUCUCCUCCUCGCCAUACGGCCGCACGCACGUCUGGAAACGCCGCCAACCCGUACUCCCCAACCCCGUCGUGCCAAAAUACCCCCAACGCAUCAUCCGCUCCGACGGGAGCUCCUUCACGCACUGGACCACCUCCCCGCGGUCCCUCCUCCGCCUCACACGGGACGUGACGAACAACCCAGUAUGGAACACGGGUCUCUGGGCUGACGAGGGCGCCAUGGAGGACGAGGCGAACGCGCAAGGGAGGCUGGGGAGGUUUAAUCGCCGGUUUGAUGGUGUCGGGGGAGCGGGGAGCGAGAUUGACUGGAUGGCAGGGUCGGAUAAGGAGACGUCCUCUGGAGAGUUGGUGGAUCCGAGCGAGUAUAUGAUCAAGGCGAAAAAGUCGAAGAAGAAGGGAGGGUCGUAG